AGUGUCACAUUCUUUGCAGUUGUCGUGCGCAUUUUGCAUCAUCAAUCAGACAGUGCCUGCUUCGCCUCACAGCACGUUUGCUGGACGACACGAGCUGGUAUUGCACGAGGGCAGGGCAAUGGUGAUGCAAUUGCGAAAAAGGCGAAAAAGAGGCGGCAGAGUGCAGCAAAACGACUCCUUUUUGCCGACAGCCAAAGCAAGCAGCCUCCGUCCGCCGGUCGAGCUGUGUCUGCAAACGCGGCUACAGCACCGACAACUAUCAACACAAAAAGAGUCUAUCCGUCGGUUGCCGUGGCAACUACGAGUGUCGGUGUCGUCUUCACGGCGGAAAAGGGUGGGUGGGUGUCUGGCGGACGUGAAGACGAGGACGGCCUCAGGACUCCGUUUGUUGUAGACAAGUCAUGUGACCUUGAAUUGGCAAAUUUGUAUGCGUAG